AUGGGCAACGUACCGAUGGAACGCCUAGCAGCUUAUCAGCGACCCUUUACCUACACCGGUGUGGAUUACUUCGGGCCGUUAUCGGUCGAAGUGGGUCGUCGGGUAGAAAAACGGUGGGGAGUGCUCUUCACAUGUUUGACCGUCAGAGCAAUCCAUCUGGAGGUUGCGCAUUCGCUGACUACUUCGUCAUGCAUCUUGGCGAUUCAACGGUUCAUCGCUCUGCGGGGUAAACCGGUUGAGAUCAUCAGCGAUUGUGGGACAAACUUUGUUGGCGCGUCUCAUGAACUGUGUGAAGCCUGGAAGGAAGUAAACGAGAGGCAAUUAGCUGAAGAAUUCACGUCAUCAAGUUUCAUCUGGAAGUUCAACCCGCCGGGUGCGCCGCAUUUCGGAGGAUGCUGGGAACGGCUGAUCAAAUCCGUCAAGAAGGUGUUAGGGGAGAUAAAGCUUCCCCGCUUACCUACAGACGAGGUGCUGCUCUCAACGUUUGGAGAGGUUCAGACGAUUGUAAAUUCCCGUCCACUUACGCACGUCCCUCUAAAUGACGAAUUCGAACCACCAAAUCACUUCUUGGUAGGUACAGCAAACGGAGAGCCACUUAGAGCAGGACUCAACGUCAUCGCAACAAUGCUAAAGAUGUCCUGGAAGGCUUCGCAGGUGUUGGCAAACAUAUUUUGGAAGAAGUGGAUCAAGGAGUAUCUGCCUACCCUGACACGAAGAACCAACUGGUUCGCACCGGUGCGACCGAUUGAGGUUGGAGACAUCGUGCUGAUUGUUGACGGGGACUUACCUAGAAACACGUGGCCGAUGGGGAGAGUGGUAAAAGUAGUGAAGGCUAGCGAUGGACAGGUUCAGCGAGCUACUGUAAAAACCGCAAACGGAUUUUUAGAAAGACCAGCGACAAAACUGGCGGUAUUAGAUGUUAAAGUUAGGGAACCUUAA